AUGCAGGUCUCUACAAUGUCCUCCCUGUGCCCAAGGGCAUUUCAUCUCUCAAACUCGACUGUAAUAGACACUGCUCGCCAUACAACAUCCUCUGUUGCCCGCUGCCUUCGAGAGCCUGGUCCGUGGCCACCAAUCCCAAGUCCCGGUAAUAAACAAUCUUUCAGAUUACGAUCUCGUCCAUUUAGCACCGCUCCACGCCGCGCUGCAAUCAAAACCAUCCAGCAAGCUAAAGCUCGUGCACGAUCCGGCCCCUUCUCCGCCUGGGGAGCUGUCGCCUUCCUUGCUGCCGGCGUCGCAAUAACUUUUUAUUUCAGAAAUGAAAAGGCACGAUUGGAACGGCAAAGGGUGGCUGAAGCUGCAAAAGGGGUAGGGAGACCGAAAGUUGGGGGAAAAUUUGCAUUACUGGAUCAGGAGGGAAAGACAUUCACAGAUGAGGAUAUGAAGGGGGGUUAUAGUUUGGUCUACUUCGGCUUCUCCCACUGCCCAGAUAUUUGCCCUGAAGAGCUUGACAAAAUGGCCAACAUGAUCGAUCUGGUUGCCUCUACCACGCAAAACCGCAUCGGGGCCAACUCCUUCGUCGAUCCAUCGUCACGCAAAGCUCCUCUUCUACCGCUCUUUAUUACUUGUGACCCGGCCCGAGACACGCCUGCUGUUUUGAAGCAUUAUCUGGCGGAAUUCCAUCCAGGUCUUGUAGGCUUGACGGGGACAUGGGAACAAGUCAAGGAUGUGUGUAAGAAAUAUAGGGUGUAUUUCAGUACGCCAGAGGGUGUGAAACCGGGGAUGGAUUACUUGGUAGAUCAUAGUAUAUAUUUCUAUUUAAUGGACCCAGAAGGCGAUUUCGUUGAAGCUAUAGGUCGACAGCAUAGCGCGGAGCGCGCUGCUAAGAUCAUUGUUGAGCAUAUGAAGGAUUGGAAAGGAGGUGUAAAGCGAUAG